AUGUCAACGUUUUGGGGAGUCGCAACAGCAUCCACGUUCAACUAUGAGCAAGCGAAAGCAUAUACAUCUUCUGUAACAUUUCCAUAUUUCAUUUACUCUCUCUUCUAUGUCGCAGUUAUUUUUUCAUUGAAGUCUUUCAUGACAAACAGAAAACCACUUGAGUUGAAAACCCCACUGAAUCUUUGGAAUGCCUGGUUGGCUGUUUUCAGUACUUUGGGUGGUUUGGUGACAGGUUUAGGACUUGUGAAUGAAAUUUAUCACAGAGGAUUUGUAUCUUCUUAUACGAGAAUGGGAGACUUCUUCAAUGGGGCCUCAGGAUGGUGGACAUGGCUGUUCGUCAUGAGUAAGGCAGCCGAAUUUGGAGAUACAAUCUUCAUUGUUCUUCGUAAACGUCCUCUCAUUUUCUUGCACUGGUACCAUCACGUUCUUACCAUGAACUAUGCUAUGUAUUCUUAUGUCCAUGAUACUGCUUUCAACUCUUGGAUUACUUGGAUGAAUUUCUCAGUUCAUUCUAUUAUGUAUGGUUAUUAUAUGCUCCGUUCUCUUGGAUUCCGCAUUCCCGCUUGGAUCGCCCAAAACAUCACCACUCUCCAACUUCUUCAAUUUAUCGUUACUCUCGGAAUCUUAUUCCAUGUCGGAUACUUACGCGCCAUUGGAGAAGUGAUUAACUGUUCCACAACCGUUUUCUGGUUCUGCCUCAUUAUGGAGAUCUCUUACGUAGCCCUCUUCGGUAACUUCUACUACCAAUCCUACAUGAAGGGAGGUGGAAAGAAAUAUCAAGCUGAACAGAAGAAGAAGGCUCAUUAA